UGUGUCACAGUAGCACAGGCUAAGUUAGCUUUCGUUUCCUCGUGUUUGUACAAUUUGGUUCCUGUACGCAGAAUCGGUAGUGAAUAUCCAUUAAGUUUUUUUUUUUAUCUUUAGCCAUGGCGUCUGCAGGCUCUGGUUGUUAUCGACUCAGCUGUUCUCUGAGUGGUCAUGAGCUGGAUGUACGUGGACUGGCUACCGCGGUGUUUUUGGAUGGAGCCUUUGUGUCCGUGUCCCGGGACCGUAGUGUACGGCUCUGGGUACCAAACAGCCAUAACAGAGGAUUUACACAGAAGCAAUCUAUGACUGGACACUCCAAAUUUGUGUCUUGCGUUUGCAUCAUCCCGCCAAGUGAUGUGCACCCUAGUGGGCUAAUAGCAACAGGAGGAAAUGAUAAUGUCAUCUGCAUCUUUCAGCCUGACAGUCCAAGUCCAUUGUAUGUGCUCAAGGGUCACAAACAUACAGUUUGUAGUCUCUCUGCUGGGAAAUUUGGCACAUUACUAAGUGGGUCCUGGGAUACAACAGCUAAAGUCUGGCUAAACGAUAAGUGCAUGAUGACUUUACAGGGUCAUACAGCAGCAGUGUGGGCAGUAAAAAUCUUGCCUGAACAAGGACUAAUGCUGACAGGGUCAGCUGAUAAAACGAUCAAACUGUGGAAGGCUGGUAGAUGUGAGAGAACUUACAGUGGACAUGAAGACUGUGUUCGAGGUUUAGCCAUACUUACUGAAGCAGAGUUCCUUUCAUGUAGUAAUGAUGCCAGUAUUCGAAGAUGGCACAUCAAUGGCAAAUGUUUGCAAGUUUAUUAUGGACACACAAACUAUAUAUAUUGCAUGUCUGUUUUCCCAAAUACUCAAGACUUUGUUACCACAGGAGAAGAUCGCACUUUGAGAGUUUGGAAACAAGGGGAAUGUGCUCAAACUAUCAGGCUCCCAGCACAGUCUGUUUGGUGCUGUUGUAUUUUAGAAAAUCGUGAUAUUGUUGUUGGCUCCAGUGAUGGCAUUAUCAGAGUAUUCACUGAAUCUUCAGAACGCGUAACAAGUGCAGAAGAACUCGAGGCUUUUGAAGAAGAGCUUUCUAGCUCAACAAUUGAUCCUAAAACUGAGGACUUGGGCGACAUUGAUGUUAGUCAGCUUCCUGGUCGAGAACAUCUUGAUGAGCCAGGUACCAGGGAUGGACAGACCCGCUUAAUUAAAGUUGACAAGAGUGUUGAAGCCUAUCAGUGGAGUGCUGCUGAAGGAAGAUGGUGUAAGAUAGGAGAUGUAGUAGGUUCAUCUGGAGCAACUCAGCAGACAUCUGGAAGAGUCUUGUAUGAAGGAAAGGAAUAUGACUAUGUCUUCAGUAUUGAUGUGAAUGACAGUGGACCUUCUUUCAAACUCCCUUAUAACAUCACAGAUGACCCAUGGCUGACGGCUCAUAACUUUCUUGAGAAGAAUGACUUAAAUCCCAUGUUCCUGGAUCAAGUUGCUAACUUCAUUAUAGAGAAUACAAAAGGACAGUCACUGGGAUCGCCGAGUUCAGGAGUUUCUGAUCCUUUCACAGGUGCUGGACGGUAUAUUCCUGGAUCUGCAUCGGACAUGGCAUCAAGUAGAAGUGAUCCUUUUACAGGUGGAGGACGAUAUAUUCCUGGCUCUGCACCGGGUACUGCAACUUCUGCAGGUGCAGGUGAUCCAUUUACAGGAGAGAGUGCCUACCAUUCCUCUGCAUCUCAGCAAGUGAAUAUUUAUUUUCCAAAGAAAGAGGCAGUUACAUUUGAUCAAGCAAAUUCUGUACAGAUUAUAAGUAAGCUGAAGGAACUGAAUAAUGAUGCACCAGAAGGAUAUAGAUUGUCUGAAAAAGAACUAGUGAGCCUGGAAAAGCUGCUGUGUAUGGUCUGUAGUCCUACUGGUGACGAAGCUCCAACUGCAGAACAGCUGGACACUCUGUGGAAAGCAGCAAAAUGGCCUGAAGAUAUUGUUUUCCCUGCACUUGAUAUCGUUAGGCUCGCUGUUAGACAUCCCAGCAUUAAUGCAGUUUUCUGUAGUGAAGAAGAUGGUAGGCAAUUUUGCAACCACCUCAUGAAUCUCAUGGACACCAAGGGGAAACCAGCGAAUCAAAUGCUUGCACUUCGAACACUCUGCAAUUGCUUCAGUGGCCCAGCUGGACAGAAACUCUUGAUGUCACUUAGGAACCCGCUGUUGUCUCAAGCUGUAGAACUCAAAGGAAGUACAAACAAAAACAUUCAUAUUGCACUGGCUACAUUAGCACUAAAUUAUGCAGUGUGUCUGCAUACACUAAAUGACAUUGAGGGUAAGGCUCAGUGUUUGUCUAUCAUUAGCACAGCUCUGGAAGUCAGUAAAGACCUGGAGGUCAUUUUCAGACUUCUAGUGGCACUUGGGACACUUACAAGUAAUGACAAAAGUGCUACACAGCUGGCUAACUCAUUGGGGGUUGAUUCUCAGAUCAAAAGAUAUGCUUCUGUGACAGAUCCUGCAAAGGUUGGUGAGUGCUGCAGGUUUGUUCUAGGUCAGCUUUAGUCCAUAUUUUUCAGAUGUGUAGGACUGUAACAAUAAGCACUUCUAGGCUGUUUUAAUUGAAUAAUGUGGUAUAUAAAAUAAAAUAUGCAAUCCAGGUUGGUGGUUUUCUUUCAAGAUUGAUGCUGCUCCAAACUGCCCAUGUACAUAAAAUAUUAAAAUAAAGACUUUUGCAUUUA